UGAGAGCGCAUUCACAGGUAUGAAAAUUAGUAAAUUUAUUAGAAAUCAAGUUAAUUCUCGAUAAAUACUCUAGAAAUAAGCUGCUUGUAAAUAGAGGCUGUAUAUAUAACUAUAGAGAGUAAAGAUGAGUUUGGGUGCGCGCGCCACCAAAGGUGGUGCAAAGGCAGGCAAGGAUGGGAAGGCGCAAGAGAAAGGCAAGACAGACAAACCCCAGCCUAAGGAAAAGGUCAAACCACAGGCUACAACAGAACAACUUCGCAUGGCUCACAUGAUCGAUCGUAAGAAUGAAGAUGCGUCCGAUGUGCGGAGGAUGGUUCUGGAGCUGAUGGAGAUGACGUGUCGCACGGAGGAGGAGGUGUGCUCAGCGCUACACGACUCCGACAACGACAUGGUGGCUGCUUGCAACCUGUUGCUAGAGGACAACCAGACUAUACAGGGCGUGUGGCAGACCAGCGAGAAGAAGAAGAAAAAGCCCCCCGCCGCAGCUGGCAACGGCGAGGUCGAGCCUCCUCGCGAACACGACGCGCGCUCGCGCUCCGGACCACGACCACGUCGCGGCGAGGGCGAGGGCGGGCGUGGGCGCGGCGGUGGGCGCGGGGCCCGCGGGGCGCGCGCGGCUCGGGGUGGGCGCCGCCCCGCAGCCCCGCGCGCCCGCCCGCCGCGGCACGACCACAGCUGGGGCGCCGACGACGACACCGGUGGUACGACAGGCGAUGCAUUCCCCACAACAGAAGACUGGGACAACGAGGAGUGGUCCGGCUCGCUGUCAGACACCAAGUGUGUGCAGGUGUUCACGCCGAGUGUGACUGCGGCUGCCGCGGCGCCGGAGCCCGAGCCCGCGCUCAACGUCAACACCAGGGAGGACUGGGAGACUCCCGAAGCGAACGGGUCAGGCGAAGCCCACGUGCCGUACAGCUACCCGGCCGAGCUGCCGCACGCCACCCACGCCACACACGCCACACACGCCGCCCACGCGCCGCACACGCCGCACGCCGCGCAUACGCCGCACGCCACGCACGCCGCACACGCCACGCAUGCAGCGCACGCCACGCAGCCGCCGCAUCUCAAGCUCAUUGAGCAAAUGAGUACGGCGAACAAUCACGCGCACUCGGACGCGCCCGCGCCGCUCGACUCGUACCGCUCCACGCCGCACCACCAGCCUAUGGGUAUGUCGGGCAGCCUGUCAGCGGCGCAGUCGCAGUACCUGUCGCAGCUGGCGGCCGGCCAGUACGCCUACAGCGACCCCGCGCAGCGCAAGCCGCAGCGGGCGCGCGUGCCGCCGCCCUCCAAGAUCCCGUCGUCGGCGGUGGAGAUGCCUGGCGGCGGGGGCGAAGGCGCGAUGUUCCUCGACGUGCAGUUCGGAGCCCUGGAGCCCGACACGCUGCAGGACGCGCCGCUGCCUAAACAGCCGACGUCACAAGCGGAGACCCAACCCGUGCCAAGUAGCCACGAGACAACGACUGAAGCCCCCAGCAGUAGCUAUCCUACCACUAACAGUAUGUUAAACGAGAGUUUAUCUGUAGUGGACACAACGCCGACUAGUCAACCCGUCACCACUGAGAGCAUCGUCACGAACAGCACAACGUCAUUAGAAAAGCAACUAUCAGCGGGCAUGAAGCAGCUGUCAGUAUCGGGUGUGUCAUCCGUGUCGGGCGUGUCGUCCGUGUCGGCGGUGUCGGGCGUGUCGGAGGCCAGCGCCGCGGCGCCCGCGCAGCCGCCCGCCAGCCUGCACUACACGCAGCACCACAGGCCCAAGCAGACAGUCGGCCAGCAGCAGAACGUGUACGCUCACCACGCCGUGUCGCACCACCCGCCCGUCUACGGAGCCAAUGUGUAUGCGCCGCAGGUGAAUUCAACGAACGCGUCGCUAACGGGCGCGUCGGCGAUGUCGGCCACAGCGUAUCCUUCCAGUGUGACACUCACUCAAUACCAGCCCAUCAUCAAUUCAUACCAGCAGACGUCGUCGUCGGCGACGGUCUACGGCGGCAGCGCGCUGUACACGGCGGCGCCCUACACCGCUUACCAGCCCACGCCACAGCCCAAGCUGCAGCCCAAGGACACGCCGCAGUACGACAGUUCGGUGGCGUCAAGCAAUAACCUAACGAGUACGUCGACGACACAAACCUCCACUGCCAAAGUAGCCACGACGACAGUGACGGCGGCGGGCGGCGCGGGCGGGGCGGGCGCGGGGGGCGCGGGCGCGGGCUACGCGGCGGGCGCGCUGUACGGCGCCGCGGGCAGCGCCACGUACGCCGCCUACGACGAGGCGCAGAUCAUGCGCUCCACGCUGCCGCACCACAUGGGCGGCUACUACGAGGUGGGCUACGGCGGACGCGAGGGCACGUUCGGGCUGGGCGCGGGCGAGCGGUUCGGCCGCGCCGACGCGGCCUCCCCGCAGCAGGUGCCCGCCGCGCUGCCGCCCGGGUACGCCUACUUCUACCAGCCGCCGCCCACCACCUACCAGUACGGCGUCUACCCACAGUACGGAGGCGGGUCGAACGUGGGCGGCGUGGGCGGAGUAGGCGGCGUGUCAGGUGGCGGGGGCGGCAAGCUGUCCACAUACGCGCCCCAGCAGCCGCCCUACGAUGCACAGGACUCAUACAAACCUGGCGGCCCGUACACAGGCAACGCGAACAAGACUGGAGGCGGCGCGGCGGCGGACCUCACCAACGCCAUGUACGCCAAGACGCAUGUGGCGCUGAAUAAGGUCAAUAGCUACGAGAAGGCGACGUUCCACAGCGGCACGCCCCCGCCCUUCGGCGCCGGCUCGCACCUGUACAUCCCCGCGCCGCCCCACCACCACCCGCACCACCACGCGCCGCAGCAGCACCAGAUGGAUGCUCGGGUGAACAGUAGUCAUAGGCGGGAGAGCGGCGGCGCGGGCGCGGGCGGGCGCGCGGCGGGCAGCAAGCCGGCCGCCAGCAAGCCCGCGUACUCGCAGUCCUACUGGGCGCCCAACUAGAAGCAGGCACCCAACACACAGUCGCUAGACACAUGUACAUAGUAAAUGGCUCUACGCGCCCUCAGCCAGUCAAUUGCCGCCAGCCGGCGCUCGGCCCGCGUCCCUCGGCGGGCGUAAUGUUAUGUACAGCCACGCUCUCAACCAACACACUACUACGCUCUGCAUAACUAUACGCGACCAGACAGACAGUUGUCUACACAAUAUUUCCCAUUUGGGCGAACACUAAUUUAACCUUAAUUUGGCAGCUCUUAAACUAGUCCCGUCCUUCACUUACAAUAAGUGCAAGACAGAGAUAGAGCUAGUUUUAUUUCUGUCAAAUUAAGUUAAAGCUGCCCGAAUCGACGCCAAUAGUAACUUUUUCAAAUAUAAACUAAGCGCCCUAAGUGACGUGACUCCAGUAUUAUAAUUAAGGUUUUGAUACCUAAAGGGCGGACGCCCAGAGCUUAAUUUUGCAAUGUUUUUUUUUCCACGAAACGAACACGCCAACUGUCAUGUCUCCCGCCAACCAAUCAGCUGUUCGAUCCAAAUAUUCGAGACGCCAUUUUGUUUAACAAUAAUGACGUAAAAUGGCGUGUUUUUGUAGACGACAUAUUGUGUUUCAACGCUGAAAUUCGCUAUAAACUAUCCGUAUAUAUAAGUUUGUUAACAGUUUUGGCUGUGUAGCAUUAUUUACGUCUAAAACUACACACCGUUAAAAUAUUAUCACAUUUAUGUUUGCUCAAUCCGACUAAUAUCAGAACAUUUGACUGACAAAGUCAGAGAGAUAGCAAGACACAAUAUACAAAAUGUGAUAAAAUUUUAUUAUAUUGAAAUUUGUGAUCGAAUGGUUGCUUGAGACCGCCGAAAUUGGACAAUUCCAGACAAAAACCGACCCUAACCGACAAUAUAACUCUUUUUAAGUCGGUCGGUUGUCAUAAAGGGACGUAGGGUAUAUUUAUGUAUACUGAAUGUUAAUUAGUCGGGAAGCGUCGAAUACUGCAAUGUAACUUAAGUAUUGAGAUCUGCUAAAGGAUUAUUCCAAAUCUCAUAAAAUUUCCUAUUUGUAUGUGCUCAAAUUGGCGGGGCUCAAAAUUUAAGUAAUAUUAUUGUAUUCCAUUGUAAUUCUCAUGAAUAACUUUGGUCGUACAAAGUUUGGAAAUUCGGGAAAAACGACAUUAGACUGUAUUAUAGUGUUGGUAUAGAAAAUUGAAACUUUUUCGCGAAUUUACAAAUGUAUAACUAAAGUUGUUUCCCGGAAGGUUCCAUACUCCGACUAGCAUUGUAUACAUUACUACUAUAUAAAACUUAUAAAACAGACAAGUCUCCUUGUGUACCUAUUUUAAUUACUGAUUUAUUGUAAAAUAAAAUGAAGGAAAUUGAAUGGAAACUGUUAAUAAUGUUUUUUUUUUUAAAUUCUAGUGUAUUUUGUAUUGGCGCCGAGCCGGGGCGGGUAUAAUUUAAUGCCAAUGUAUAAUUCGGCUUAAAUCAUAGUGAAUCGAGAUUAAGCGUAGUUAUAAUGCGAUGCGUACGGUUGUUAUACCGAGUCGCCCCGCGGCCGGCGCCGCCUCACGUACGAUAAGUCCGCUCCGAUAGUUUAAAAAAUUAACUGUAGUGCUAUGUAUAUCUGUUUUAUAUAUAAUAAAGACGUCACCGCGUCUAGUAUGUAUAUGUAAGCGUUUGGUACGCUAUGCGCGCCGAAUUUUUUUGUAUUUAGUUGACAAACAGACUUUGUAAUUACAUUAUUAUUAUUAUUGAGAAUGUGUUAGGGCGAUAAUCGUAAUGUAACACUACCGUAUAGUCGAGGUCUUUUUUUAUGUGAAAGAAUGCAGUGAUCUCGUGGACUCCUGAACGUAUGAGGGAAUUACACAUAUUGGAACUUG